CAUUCUGUGAGAAGGUAUGAAGAAAGAAAGAAAGAAAGAAAGAAAGAAAGAAAGAAAGAAAGAAAGAAAUUAUAGGGACACAUUUAUCCAAUAAUGGACUUGUGGCCAGAGACAUUUUCAAGAUACCAUUUAAACAUUCCUCUAUGCAAUUUACGAACUAUUUGUGGACAGAUGUUUGUAAAUAAUUUGGUCCAUGAACUGCAUUUGGAGGAAGUCUCUCAUCUCGCAGCAUUUCCUGACAUGCCUGAAAAAUGAGCCCUGAGCAAUUCUGACUCAGACUCCCUAAGCCCUUGACAGGAAACCAGCAACAUAUCACACCCUUCGAUGUAAACUCCUAACUUGACAGUUAUUUGUCUAGAGAGUGAUCCUCAAAAGAGUCACUUGUAGAUCAUGUCUAGUUUGAUGAACAAUAGUUUGUAAAAAUGAACUGGAAAAACCUUUCAAACAUGUGGAGAUUUUUUGUGCUGCUGCUAUUACCAUUAAUGUUUGAGGACUCACUUCAAGAUUCAGUAUCAAAAGAUUCCAGAAUCAUUUUUCCAAACAAGCCACCUCACCCAAAAACAUAUUCUGGAACAAUAGUCUUUAACUCAUCCUUCCAGGUGCCUGUGAUAAACGUCAGUGCCAAUGUCAUCGAUCACACCACUGGAAUUGUCAGCACUAGGAUCAUUCCAUCCGCGUACAUCCUAGCCAUCCUCAUUGGGAUCCCCUCUAAUGUCUUUGUGUUAACCUGCCUCAGCGGAAGAAAGAAUCUUUCCAGUGGUAUCCUAUAUUUUAGCCUAGCAGUUUCAGACCUCCUCUUGCUACUUUCCCUCACACUCCGAGUCCACUAUCACCUCAAUAACAAUGACUGGAUCUUUGGAGAGCUCGCCUGCAAGGUGGUGAUUGCCUGCUUUUAUGGGAACAUCUACUGCUCGAUUCAUGCCCACAUGUGUAUUAGUGUGAUGCGCUACCUUGCGGUGGUCCACCCGUUCCUCUACAGGACAAUGUCAAAAAAGUACUAUGCGAUCUGCACCAGUUUAUCCAUUUGGAUGGUUUUUGCUAUUGCGAUGCUACCUGAGUUUAUGAUUCAGCAAAGCUACCAAGUUCUUGAACAAAAGAUGGUGACGUGUCAUGAUAUCCAGUCCUAUGAAAAAGCUUUCAACCGAGCUUUGAUUCCAUGCAGACUGAGUCUGAUCUGCCUGGGGUUCAUCCUGCCAUCACUAGUCAUCACAUUCGUUUACGGAUCCAUCAUUUACCAUCUAAAUCGUUCCAGUCAUGACUGGAAACACUACAUGAAGGCCAGUACGUUGGUGUUUGGGAUCUUUUUAGUGUGCUUUGCCCCAUGUAAUGCACUUCUUUUUGCACACUAUGUGAAGCUGUACACUCAGCAGCAGUAUGACUUGUAUUAUUACUACAAAGCAGCCGUAUGUCUGUGUUCUUUCCACAGCUGUCUGGACCCCUUCCUCUCAUAUCUCCUCACAAAGACUUCCACUUCCCAAGUCAACUUUAGAUCCUUUAGCUCUAGACCUUCGAUGGCUUUGUCCAUGAGUUGAGUCCUUUUAAAUACCAGGAUGUUUGUGUUGUGGCCUGCGAGGGGGACUUCCUUAUCUAAAAUGGCUUAACAGUGGGUUGAGGAUGUUGUGGUUGGACUUCCCACUUUUUACUUUAGGAGAGGCUCCUGACUUGAUCAGGAGUUGGACACUUACACUCAAGUGUAAACAUGAAACCAAGUCAAGCUGAAUACAAAAUAUUUGAGACCAGGAAAGUUGAGUGUUGAGUAGAAAGUGUCCAGAUCAUUUGUAUAAGAAAAGAGUAUCUGAAAUAACAGAUGUAACCUCUUAAGGCCCGUUCACACCAAGGACGAUAACUA